AUGCACCAAACAUUAUAUCGUAGCAAGCGUGAGGACAUAAAUGUUAAACUACCUCCACUGCCUUCUAAGUCAAGUGAACAUAUCCGUUUUCAAAGUUCUCCUCCAUCUCCUACACUGACUACAUUCCCAAGAAUCAACGAACAACAGUCUGUUAAUAAUGACAGCCCUAGAAAUGAAAACAGAAAUGUUAGAAAUCUCUACGAAAACAUUCGGUUUUGGCGUGAAAAGUAUUACUUACAAAUACUUAAGCAUAAACUACCUUCAUUACAAGGACAACAUGCUUUCCUGCAAAACGAAUCAAAUCAAGUAUAUUCACAAUAUUUCAAUAUGAUCCAAGCACCACCAUAUAUGAAGAGACUGAGAUCGUCUUCAGAUGUUCGUGAUAGGAAAAUACACCCAAAAGGACUUUGCAAGUAUUGUCAAUCUCGCGAAAGGGACAACACUAACGUUAAGGAUCUAUACUCAACAACUGACGAUAAGCAAUCGCCACUUCAAGAUGAUUUUUCUGUUCAGAACAGACAGGCUGUUAAAAUUAAUAAACUCAAAUUUGAUGACAUGACUGAUGUUAAUAUUAGCUUAUCAGCAAUCAUAGAAAAUACUGAAUACUUGAAAAAAUACGUUGAAGAAGAAUUCUCUAAAAAUGUCUAUAUGGAUCAAAAUCAAGAUUUAAACCAAAAAGAUGAUAUUGAUUCUGGUCAUAGCUCGGGGGAAAGAUACGAUUUAAACAAUUGUAACACUUUGCUUUAUAGUAAAGCUGCCGAUAAAGUAGAACGCCUCAGCUCCAAUUUUAUGCAAAAUUAUGAAUAUAGACGACGCCGAUAUGAUCACCAAAAGCAGUGGUUAGAGAAAGAAUUAGCUGAUAAUCAUGUGUGUCCAUGUAGUUGUGGUAGGCGUAAGAUAACGACAGCUGAAGAGAUACUUUUAGCUGACAUUAGGAAAAUACGACAUUUUCGACGACCUAAUAAGAAGAAAAUUAUUCGUCGGACUAAAAAUCAACCCGGUAUAAGUCGUAAAUUUAUGAAAUUGCUAAAACAACGACAACGACUAAUUGCACGUAGAAUAUCUCUCACUGGUAGCUUAGAUGGAAACUCCAGUGAUAGUAAUGACGAAGCUAAAUCAGUCACAAGUACAGCCCCUAGUACAGCAAUAAGUGUAGCAAAUAAAGCAGCAACUGAAAGUGCUAUCAGUGUAGGUCGAUCCUAUCAUAAAAGAGGCGUAGAAAAAGAUCCUGUGAACAUUUCAUCUCGUGGAUUUAAAAUGACAAUUUGGAAUAUAUAUAAUAAACUACUUAAAAAUGCCGCUGCUGCUGAAGAAGAAUUGCUUCAUAAGAAAGGACGUAAACGAUCGAAAAGAAGAAAGUUUAAUUACAAACAGAAACAAAAUGAUUUAGCGAUAGAGACAUCGAAACAUUUACAUUUGACGGCCGUCAAAAAUAGGCAUAAGAUAAGAGAAGAAGCUGCUACGGUUACCAAGCUCAUUGAUCGAUUACCUGUAAUCCUAAAGGAACAUCCACUAAAAAGUAUAGAAGGGAAAAAAUUAGAAUCUCGGAGUGUCAUGUUUAAUUUUAAAUCUAAUUUUAAGAGCGGUGAUGAGAGCAGUGAACUAGAAGAUCAGCCAAUUCGUUCCUCGUCAUCAAAUUUCGAUGAUCGACAAUCGUCUGAUGAUCGUAACAAAAAUUAUAAAGAUAUCGUAAAAAUAAAGAAAGCAGUUGCUACUUUAGAAAAGUCUGCGACAAAAUCAUCAGGCAAGGAAGAAAAUGCUGCAAAAUUGAAAAUUGAGCGUAGACCACCAAUAAAACUAGCUACACAUAUCAGGAAAAGACAACCUAAGACACAAGUAGCUUUAUUUCAGCCAGAAUCACAAGAGAAGCAGGUAGAUGGUAAGAAGGAUGGAAAGUAUUCAAGAGAUGAGGUCCAAAGUUACAUCCAAAAAGAAGCUACUAACAAUCAUAAUAAUAGUCUGGAUGAAACCAAAAAAGGCUGGAAAAGCAAGAAGAGGAGAUUUGAAAGAUAUCGUAAGAGAAGAGAAAUGAUGCAAGAAAUUUUUAACAGCAGUAGUAGCGAUCCAGAACUUAAUGCCUAUUUAUAUGGUACGGAUACUGAAACAGAAAGCGUCAAGAGCAAAAGAUUAAGCCAACUGAAAUCAGGUGAGAUCGUAACUUAA